AUGGUUGCGAAGAAGAGAAAUACGUUAAGAAGCAAGGCAGCAGCAGGCAGAAAUGCUAAAACUUCAGUUCUUGAAGAUAGUGUUUUAAAUGAGUUACCACCAGACCCUAAGGCCUUUUUGCAUCAACAUAGGGAGUCUAAGAGGGAUAAGCAGAAUACCAAGCAACAAUCCUUUUUGUCUCAAAUUAAAAACAAGUCACUUGGAUUGGAUUCAAAUCUAGCAGGUAUCUCAAAAUCUGCUGCAAGACGUAGAAAGAGAAAGAUAAGAGAUGAUUUAAAACCAAAGAUGGGCGAACUUUUGACGUCUUUGGAGAAAGAGGAGGAUUUGAAAGAGUAUACACAAGAUCAAGAUGAUAGUAAAGAUGCAGAUGGUGACGAACAAAUGGAAAUAUCAAUAAAUAAUGUAACUAAGAUAACAAAAUCAAAUAAAUAUGGGAAAUUAUCGCAUGAACUACCAGGUAGUGUUAAAAUAAAAAAGAACCAGCCAAGCAUAAGAAAUCAAAAAGGUGCCAAACAACUGGCAAUUGAUGAAUCAAAAAGGUUUAAUCAAGUUCUAACAAAUCAAUCAUUUCAACAAAAUCCAUUCGGAUCAUUAAGAGAGAUCAUUAAAAUGCAAAAAUAA